AUGGCGCGCUCGCCGAGCCCAGACGGCCACUCGCAGCGCUCCCACCACUCGUCCUCGCGCAACGAGCACCGCCGGCCGGACCCGCGCGACGGCCCCUCGUCCUCCUCGCGCCCCCAUCCUGAUGAGCGCGACCGCGACCACCACCGCUCGUCCAGGCGCGACCGCGACGACCGCGACCGGGCCAAGGACCGCGACCGCAGCACCAGCAGGUCUCGCACCGCCCGCGACCGCUCUCGUUCGCCCUCUCGCCGCAAGGACCGCGACGACGACGACCGCUCGUCGCGCCACCACCACCACUCCUCGCGGCGCCGCACGCGCUCGCCCAGCCCCUCGGGCUCCGACACCGACCGCUCCAGGUCCCGCUCGAGGUCGCGCGACCGCCAUGGCGAGAGGCGGCACCGCAGCAGUCGCAGGAGGAGGUCUCGCUCGCGGUCGCCGAGGGACAGGGACGACAAGGAGCGCAGGCGCAGGCGCGAGGAGAAGAAGGAGCGCAGGGCAAAGCGCGAGGAGAAGAAGCGCGCCAAGAAGGGCCUCCAGACGGUCAACUGGGGCGCGCACGGCAUCCUGACCGAGGCCGACCGGUACAACAAGGCCGACGAGUUCCACGCCUGGCUCAUCGGCGAGAAGACGAUCAACCCCGAGACGCUCUCCAAGGCCAAGGAGAAGGAGAUCUUUUUGCAGUUCAUGGAGGACUACAACACGUGCACGCUCCCGCACGACAAGUACUACGACAUCGGCAAGUGGGAGAAGCAGAUGGCGGCGGUGCGCAUGGGCGAGACGGUCGAGAAGAGCGACGCGUACGACUGGCGCAAGGACGAGGAAUCCGCACGCGCCUCGUACCGGCGCGCGGCGACGACCAAGGCCAACAGCGCCGCCGACCAGCUCAUGGACCAGGGCCGCCUCGAGGAGCUGCGCCGCCUCCAGACCGAGCGCAUCGUCAAGGAGAAGAGCCAGCGCCUCGGCAUCGAGGUGAGCGACAAACUCGGCGUCCGACUCGAGAGCAAGAUGCGCUACUGAGUGCGAGCGAGCGACUGGCGGCGAGGCGUGCAAUCGAAUUCGUCUGCCAGCC